AUGUCAUCUGAUGUUUAUCGUGGUGCAAAUUUUCAGUUUGCAUAUUAUUUUAAACCAACUGAAGCUAAACAUUCGGUAUUAACAAAGGAAAAGAAUUUUAUUUUUCCAUCAUCUGAAAAACUUGCAUCAAAACGAGACAAACAUAAUAAAAAUAACAAUGAUAACGAAGAAGAUGCGAAGCCAAUACUUGAAAUUGGAUAUCGAGGAUUUAAUGUUUUUAGAAAGUCUUUAAUAAUGGUCAUAGAACCACGUAAUAAUGUUAUUGAAUAUGAAAGAGAAGAAUUAGGAGGUGAGGAUUGUGGAGAAGUAAGUAAGGAGAAAUGA